UUCAAUUCCUCCAUUGGACAGAAGAUCUCUUUGAUCCUGAAAUUGGCCGUUUGACUGUUAGGCGUGGCCAACACUAAUCUCAUCUCAGACGCCAUUGACGAGAUGCUUUCAGAGUGAAGUUUUGUACUUUCACACUUGGACUUUACAUAUUCUCACAAAUCUCCUUUGGGAGGGAAGGAAUAUGAUAAACCCUAAUUUCAAGCAAAUCCUCCGUCUUUUACACUGACGAGAAAAUUCCAGUUUCACUCCCACAAAGGAAAAAAAAAUGGCGAACGAGGAAGGCGAUGCUCUGUUUCUUGAUAUACUCCAAGAAGCUCCACUAUACCGUCAUCGAAAAUCUAGAAGUCUUGUUGGAAGUUAUGUUUACCUUAUUAUAUUGGCCGGUUAUGCUACUUUGGCGGCUGGAGCUCCAUGGAUUCUUCAGCCUGUGCAAUCUCUUAUUCCAUCGUUGCUUUGCAGCUCCAAUGUUGCUCUAUUGAUGCUUACAGGCAUUUUUCAGAAAUAUUUUGUGAGUCAGGUCCAGAAGAUACGCUUGCAGGGUUAUUACAGUUUCAGUCAGAAGUUGAAGCAUGUGGUCCGUCUGCCAUUUGCCAUUAUGGCAUACGGAAAUGCAUGUAUGCUACUUGUCAUGGUGUGGAAACCCAGUAUCAGUCUUAUUCCCAUUUUAACUGUACAGAGGUUCAUAAUGUCAGCUGAAGCAAUUUGUGCUGCAUCCUUUAUGGUUGUAUAUAUUGGUUAUGUUCAUCAGUACAAUUCGGUGAACUCUCAGCCCGAUGUCUUAAAUUCAUUGUAUUCCCCCCUUCAACCAUCUGCUUUGGAAGGUGUGAGAUAUCAUGAAGCUGGUCGUCUCUCUGAUCAGCAGAUGGCUCUAUUGCAAUAUCAGCGAGAGAAUCUUCAUUUUCUCAGUGAAGAGAUUCUGAGGUUGCAAGAAUGCUUGAGCAAAUGCGAACCGUCCAGUAGCGGUACCACACCUCAGGUUGAUCUAGCACAUCUUGUGGCUGCUCGUGAUCAGGAGUUCCGUACUCUUUCUGCUGAGAUGGAUCAACUCCAUUCUGAGCUCACUCUCGCAAGAUCACUGAUUGCUGAGAGAGACAGAGAGAUACAGCAUGUUCGCCACACCAAUAACCAGUAUGUUGCAGAGAACGAAAGGUUAAGAGCUAUUCUCGGAGAAUGGAGCAUGCGAGCUGCAAAGCUUGAACGAGCUCUGGAGGCCGAGCGGAUAUCGAGUCUUGAAUUACAGAAGAAGGUUUCUGCACUCAGAAAUCAAUCUUCAUGAAAGAAGCUGGCAGUGAAUAUAUAUAUAUGGUGAAAAAAGAUACAGUAGUAAUCAUCGUAUCUUGUAACUGCAAAUGGUUGUGGACAAACUGCGACACUGUUUUUGGGAGAUGUUCAAUGGGUUUUUCUGUACACACGGAUUAUGAUAACGAGGAAAAGCAAUAUGCGUCCA